AGGAGGAUGGGCGUAAGUGGGCCAAGGCCAGUUAACAGUGCCCUUGCACUAAUAGACACAGUAGGAGAUAAACCACAGAAAGCUUGCUUUGAGUGAACUGAGGAAAACAGUAAAGCACAGGACAGUCAUCACGUGCUCUGCAUAUGCUUUAAGAGUUCAUUCAAUUGCCGUGAUAUCAAUAGAAAUGGUGAUUUGUUGGAUCAUACUUCAAAUUGGAUGUCUUCCACUGCAAUAAAGUGAAUGAGUUCUAAGCCUUUUUUGGCCCCUGCAUUUCUUGGCUCAAGGCUUGUGACAUCAAUGUUGUGCUGCAUUGCAAGGAAGUCUUGGUUAGGGCAUAUGUUACAUAAGCUACAUCAAAAGACAAGAGUUGUGGAUGCCAAAGGUGAAUCCAAGAGCCACUAUGGGCAGCUUCACAGAGUGUUGAGGAAACAAGCAAUACUGCUUAGUGUCUUUGCAGAGAUGCUGAAAGCCAAUGAGGAAAGCCAGCCAUGGCUCUGAGAGGUGUAGAUAAAUGUCCAAACAAGGGUGCACAAAUUAGUUCCUGUGUUAAAGCACAAGAAGCUAGGGGGAAACCAAUUGUACCUCCAUCAUAUGUCAGAGCCACAAAAAGAGCCAGGAGCAUAGCAGUUAGCAUCUGAUAGGGAUUGCUGACUUAAAUAUGACAGCCAACAGCCAGCCAGGUAGCCUCUAACUCAAAGUGAGCUCCUUUAGAAAUACUCAGUUGUAGCAGCUAUCACUAGCCAGGGCAUACUAAUUAACUGACGAGUUAUAAAGAGAGGGAUAGGACCAACCCUAGCUCAGUUGUGGUGAAAUGUUGCAGCAAGGGUAGUAGUUACCGUCUGCUAUGGUCCCAGAGUGGUGGUAGUCAAAGCCCUUGAGAUUUACAGCUAGGUUUGUAAUAACAGGGUUCAUAGGAUCUAGAUCUUCAAUACUUACCUCACACUGAUGAACCCAUCUAUGAGAGACUUGGUAGGUAAACUGGCAAAGUAGCCAUACUCAUGGGACCAAUGGCGUGGACUCUAUUUGCACUACAAGCAGGACAGCCAAAGCUGGAAAGAUGCUGCUUGGAAGGAAAUUGCAUGGACAACUGACAAUAGGAUAAUCUAAACUAGGAGGGGCACUAGCAAGGACACUACUCUGAAACUGGUUUGAAUACCCAACCCUUUGAGUUGUGCUCUCACAGCCUGUGUGUCCAGAAAGAUGGUUGCUGAAUUUGUCAUUGCACACUGUGUUAGGAGGAUAGUUUCUGUCUAAGUAAGGCUUCUUGUUGUAUUAAAGGCUUUCUCAACCACUUGGCCAUGAACCGCAGCACACUUUGGUGAUCCUCAGGCCAAUACUGAGAGAUGCCAGUGGUCUGUAGUGCCCCUGUGAUGGCACUCUGUCAUAAAAAUCAGUGAAAAAGUAAUUGGCUUAAAAUGAAUAAGAAAUGUAAAAUGCUUUUAAAUGGUUAACAACAUUAAUACAAGCCCUGCAACAUUAGUGCACAAAGGUAGCUUUGCCAAACUGUGGCACUCGCCUCAGCACAAAAUGAUAAAGAGGUGAGCAAUUGAGCUGGAAGUGUCUGAGAACUGAGUACUGUACAGUGUGUGCCAAGUAAUGAGCUAUGUGAAGGGACAUUGCACACACGUCCCGUGAGCACCAUUUGUCAGCCCUGAUUCUGGUGGCCCUGCACUUUUUUAGUGUUUUCCCUGCUCCCAACACACUUGAUGCAAGCAAGCAGCUCAUUAACAGCCCGUUACUGAGUUAAAUUGGCCGUGUUAAGGCAGAGAAAGACCUAAAAUGCCGAGGACAGUAGCGGACCUCGAGGACCAGGCCUGAGAAACACUGCUGUAGUGUCGCCUGUCUCCUAGAUUCGACCACUAAAGAUUCCUCAUUCAUAGUGAGGAAUUCUAUUCUAGAGCCAGAGAGAUUUACUACUCCGCGGGUAGCUCUUAUCUAGCCAGUGGCCUAUGGAGAAGCUGAGAUGGUCAUUUAUGCAUAGCUCAACGACCAGCGUGAUGUCACAGGUCCGUCGAAGAACCACGUGUUCUGCAGAAAAUAGCCGGUCACGGUUGUCCUCAGGAGGCAGCAGCGCUCAACCAGAACGGACUGGUACAAGGCGAGCUUACAGACUAGCUCAAUACUUCACAGAGAGUCGCCCCUGCCUCGAAGAAGAAUGGUGAAAAAGACAAAAAAUCCAGUGACGUACACUAAAAUGAAGGGGAUAGUGUCGUAUUUUGCUGCUUUAAUCAAGGAGAGAAAGUUUGGGUCAGCUGACCUACUACAGAAACUUGGGACCAGGCAUCCAAUCUACAGGCAUAUGGACGCAGAGUGUUUUCUACGGCCAGAGGGCAGCAGUGUGUGUGACGAGGCCGGAGCAGCUGCUCUGUGUUUCACCAGAACAACACAGGAGCUACAAAGGGCGUCAGCAGCUGAUUUUGACUACUUGAAGGUUAUUGGGACAGGCAGUUUUGGGAAGGUACUAUUGGCCAGACAUAGGGAGAAUGAUAGGUACUAUGCAGUAAAAGUUUUAAAGAAGCAAAUGAUCUUGAAAAAAAAUGUGGAAGGACAUGUGAUGUGUGAGCGGAGCGUGUUAUUGAAGACUGUCAAUCAUCCGUUCCUGGUGAGACUUCACUUUAGCUUUCAGACCAGAGAUCGGCUCUACCUAGUGUUGGACUAUGCUGAUGGUGGAGAGCUCUUCUACCACCUGCAGAAAGAGCGUGUAUUUACAGAGUCCAGAGCCAGAUUCUAUGCUGCUGAAAUGGCCAGUGCUCUAGGAUACCUACAUUCUCUGCAUAUUGUAUACAGGGACCUCAAGCCAGAGAACAUCUUGCUAGAUUCUGCAGGCCAUGUGGUCCUAACAGACUUUGGCUUGUGUAAGGAGGGCAUAGUCGGCCGUGCGACUACCAGAACUUUCUGUGGAACUCCUGAGUACCUGGCUCCAGAGGUUCUCCAGCAGCGCGAGUAUGACCGAACGGUAGAUUGGUGGGGGCUGGGAGCUGUACUCCAUGAAAUGCUUUAUGGUCUGCCACCUUUCUACAGUGCUGACCGUAUGGUGAUGUUGAGCAACAUCAUGUUUCAGCCGCUGGUUCUUAAAGCUGGGGUUUCCAAAGCUGGAAGAGAUCUUCUCAAUAGACUGCUAAACAGAGACAGAGCUAAGAGGCUAGGCGCUAAACACGAUGUGGCAGAGCUGCAGCAUCACUCAUUCUUCUCAUCUAUUCGGUGGGAUGAUCUUGUGGCAAAGAAAAUCAAGCCCCCCUUUGUCCCUUCACUGUCUGGCCCUGAUGACCUGACAAACAUUGACCCUGCCUUCACAAAUCUUCCUGUGCCACAAUCUCUGGGUGUCUGUGAAGAUGCUGGGAUGACCUUCCCUGGCUUCAGUUACAUGAGUUAAAAUGUCUCCUCACUGUCCACGCAGGCCAGCGGACACUGAACUGGAACAUUACAAUACCCAUGAUUACUCAAAACCAAGAGACAUUUAAUCAGAAUGUGAAAAACAAUCAGCCUACUGUACUUAAAGUGCCUAGGAGAAAGUAUGGAUUGUGAAUGUUUACCCAAAAUACACAAUUUUUUAACAUUUUUUAAUUUAUUAUUAUUUAUUUCAAUUUUUUUGGACCACUGUGAUUGCACACAAUUACUGUUUUCACUGUUCUUGGUAAUUUAAUCAAAGUUUGAUUCUUUAUAUUUGCAUCUUUUUUUCAACUGUGAAAUUCUGUUUUUAUUUAAAUUCUGUUUAUAGGCACAUUGUAUGAUUAUUAUAUUAUCAUAUUAUAUAGUGUAUGUAUCCGUAUGUGUAGGUAGAGGGCCUGUACGUUGUUACACAUAAAUUAAGGAAUUUGUGUUAUCGUGAAAUUUAAGAAUUAAGAAGACAAUUUGUUGGAAGCUGUACGUUUUACGGGUAAUUUGUCUGCAUCACAGACUGAACUUUUAUUUUGUAAUGUUUGUAAGAGUUUGAGUUGACAAGGUUAGAACUGUGAAAACACGCUUAGUGCAAUAUGUGUAAACUGUGUCUUCUGCACAAGCGAUGUCGCCUCAAGAUGUAAAAUAAUAUCUCAUUUUCGCGAAUUUAGCAUGUUUAAGCAGAUCUGUUCAUAUAGCCUGAUAGUUGAAUACUGUUAGCGAGUCCGCCGAGCGAACAUCACUACUGUAGGUCACAGAAUCAAGAUGCGUGUCCGUUUUUUGCUCCUCAUAACUUUGUUAUAUUAUAAAUAUUUUUCCUAACAAUACAGGCGAACGCUGUGGUGUGUGUUGCUUAUGAUUAAGCAUUUUCCUGAAAUUAAAACGUACCAAAGACAACGUGA